CUUCCCCCCCCUUGUCCGACGCCCUGCAAUUCGUCAUCGCCAACGCCGAAAUUCAUCUUUUCCCAUCUUUCCACCCAUGACCGUCCUCGUGAGCCCGCUGCCCACGCAGCAGCACUACCAAUCAUGCUCCCCGAGAACCGGCGCCUACGACAUCUCCAGGGGAUAUACCUCCGCAACCUGAGCUUUACGCGGCCCCACGGCCGGGCCAUCGACGACCUCGACGCCGACCUCCCCUCUACCAAGACGCUGGCCCUGCACGACGGCCCGUCCCGGCUUCAUCAUGCGCGAUCUUCCGACAGCCUGAUGCCGCGGGCCAAUGCGCGACGUCGGAGCACCCUUGCCGGCGCCAACCCUGUGACCCGCCAGAAGCAGCUCGAGUACGCGGUCGACAGUAGAGCGGCUGACGUCUUCUUCUCGCUGCACUGUGGAGAGGAGGGAGAGCCUCUCUAUAUCAGCGAGGUGCGCGAGCGUUCCAUCAACUUCAACUUCCGCUUUUUCGACCUGUCGCAGGCUGGACCGUCUAUCACGAGACAGUCGAAAAUCACCAUCAAGAUAUGGGCCAAGAGGCAGCUCUGCUGGACCUUGUUACUGACCGAGGCCGUGGAUCUACGCUGCUUGAACUAUCUCGGAACCUUGCGAGGCCGUCAGUUCCCCCCGAACUCGCUCGUCUUUCACCUUAUCGAUGGCAUAUACUCCCUCGACCUCUCCGGCGCGAAGCCCGAGCCGAAGCAGACUCCCGCCCUACCGACCUCCUCGUAUAAUGCCUUGAUGAAGCUCUCGAACCUCGACAAUUCCAUACAGGACGCCUUGGCUACCCGCGAGACGCUCACGGCGCAAAUCAACUCUAUACUCGAACGCACCCCGCCGGACGUCGUCUCUCAGGCCCAGGAGUCGGCACAGGUCGCGUCGAAAUACGUCUCCGCCCAGACGCGCACCCUUCGCGCAGCACAGACACGACGCGCCGAGCUCCAGGCUUCUAUCGAGGCCCGCCGUGCUGCGAUCAGCGAAGGACGGGCCGCGCAGGCUAAGGCCCGCGAGGACGUUAAGCACGCCCAGACCAAGCUCCCGGCCUCGAGGGCUCUCCUCGCGUCUACGCGCGAGGGCAUCCACGGCCAGCGGCGCCGGAUAUGCGAGGACCUUACGCGCAUCUUCCCCAUCACCCCGGACCCCUCGGGCGCGGCGCUCUCCUUCAGCAUCUGCGGCGUGUCGCUCCCCAAUACGGACUACGACCCGACGUCGUCGGCAGCGACCGAGGACUCGCUGUCGGCCGGGUUGGGCUACGUGGCACAGCUCGCGGACGCCCUACAGCACUACCUAGCGGUGCCGCUGCCGUACCCGGUCUCGCCCCUGGGGUCGCGCAGCAGCAUCCGCGACGACAUCUCGCUGCUGCCGGACUCGCAGCGCGAAUUCCCGCUAUUUCUGCGCGGCGGCGCGACCUCGCAGUACCGGUUCGACUACGGCUGGUUCCUGCUCAACAAGGACAUCGAGGCGCUGUGCGUCGCGUCGGCGGGGCUCAAGGUGGUCGACAUCCGGCACACGCUGCCGAACCUCAAGUACCUCCUAUACGUGUGCAGCGCGGGGCGCGACGAGGUGCCCGAGCGCAAGCGCGGCGGCGUUCGCGGGCUGUGGGCUGGCCGGCUGAGGGGCAGGAUGGGCAGCGGCGGCGGCUCCAUCACCGAUGACGGGGCUAGCAGUACGGGCGGUAGUCGGCCUGGUAGUGCGGAUAGUGACGCCCUCGGCGGUAGACAUCGAGAGCGGCUGUUGGGCCGAGCCAUCGGGAGGGACGAGAAUGCCACGGCCACGGCCACGAGUAACGGAAAUUUAGUCGCCACCGCCGCCCUGUCUGCCGCGGUAGGGAGCCAUGACGAGAGCAUUUCCGGUGCCGUAGUCGGUGUGCCGUUUGACGAGAGUGCUAGGCUCACGCUGCGGACGAAGGGGAUGCGGGAGAACGUCGGGGCGCACGCCUGACGAGCCGGGGGGAUGGUUCCGCACGUUUUUGAAAUAACUUGAAGUUUCUGAGGUUUCGCGGCUAGAAGAGCGACGCCUCAUCCCGCCCCAAUACGACAUACCUCACAAGCCUAGUUUUCUUUUAUACAUGUACCCUUUUUGUUCCUUUUCUAUUUUAUGUCUGCUCUACUGCUCCCCGCGGCCGCGGCGGCGUAUACCACCACCAGCAGUGCCUGAUACCAGGCACACCGCUAGGAACUAGAAUA